CCCCCGGCUCCUGCUCCUCCACCGGCUCCUAUUCCCCCGCCGGCUCCCCCGUCUCCUGCUCCUCCGCCGGCUCCUGCUCCCCCGCCGGCCGUCAACCCUCCGCCGGCUCCCCCGGCUCCUGCUCCUCCGCCGGCUGCCGACCUGCUGCCGGCUCCUAUUCCUCCGCCGGCUCCCCUGUCUCCUAUGCCUCCGCCGGCUCCCACUCCUCCGCCGGCUCUUCCGCCGGCUCCGGACCCUCCGCCGGCUCCCCCGGCUCCUGCUCCUCCGCCGGCUGCCGACCUGCCGCCGGCUCCUAUUCCUCCGCCGGCUCCCCCGUCUCCUAUUCCUCUGCCGGCUCCUAUUCCUCCGCCGGCUCCCCCGGCUCCUACUCCUCCGCCGGCUCUCCCGCCGGCUCCGGACCCUCCGCCGGCUUCCCCGGCUCCUGCUCCUCCACCGGCUCCUAUUCCCCCGCCGGCUCCCCCUCCCCCAGCUCCUACUCCUCCGCCGGCUCUUCCGCCGGCUCCGGACCCUCCGCCGGCUCUUCCGCCGACUCUUCCGCCGGCUCCGGACCCACCGCCGGCCCUUCCGCCGGCUCCCCCGGCUCCUGCUCCUCCACCGGCUCCUGCUCCUCCGCCGGCUCCUACUCCUCCGCCGGCUCUUCCGCCGGCUCCUGACCCUCCACCAGUUUCCCCGUCUCCUACUCCUCCGCCGGCUCUUCCGCCGGCUCCUGACCCUCCGCCGGCUCCCCCGUCUCCUAUUCCUCCGCCGGCUCCCCCGGCUCCUACUCCUCCGCCGGCUAUUCCGCCGGCUCCGGACCCUCCGCCGGCUCCCCCGGCUCCUGCUCCUCCACCGGCUCCUAUUCCCCCGCCGGCUCCCCCGUCUCCUGCUCCUCCGCCGGCUCCUACUCCUCCGCCGGCUCUUCCGCCGGCUCCUGACCCUCCGCCGGUUUCCCCAUCUCCUGCUCCUCCGCCGGCUCUUCCGCCGGCUCUGGACCCUCCGCCGCCUCCCCCGGCUCCUGCUCCUCCGCCGGCUCCUAUUCCCCCGCCGGCUCCCCCGUCUCCUACUCCUCCGCCGGCUCUCCCGCCGGCUCCGGACCCUCCGCCGCCUCCCCCGGCUCCUGCUCCUCCGCCGGCUCCUAUUCCCCCGCCGGCUCCCCCGUCUCCUGCUCCUCCGCCGGCUCUUCCGCCGGCUCCUGACCCUCCGCCGGUUUCCCCGUCUCCUAUUCCUCCACCGGCUCCCCCGGCUCCUGCUCCU